AUGGCUAAGCGUAAACAAGAAAUCCAAAAGCUUUCCGGAAUUGCUACGUAUUCAAGCAAUGGGAAUGUUUAUGUGGAUCAGUCCCGAAACAAUUGCGCCAGAGCGGAUAAGAAAAACGACGAAACAUCACGGCAGAAAUCAUUUUGCGCUUCCACAGUUGUCACAACAGAUGAUUUGAAUGAUCCACAAAGAUGUAAGCAGAUCAGCAGCCCUGAAGAAACGUCGGAAGGAGAUACUGUGUCAUCAAAUUCAACAAACCAAAAUAAUACCGAAACGAAACAAUGCGGCAGCAACAAAAGAAAGCAUUCAUGUCCAUUAUGCUUCCAAGGCUUCAAACGAUUGGACAUCCUUGCUAGGCAUUAUCGGACGCAUACCGGAGAAAGACCCUUUCAGUGCUCAGUUUGUUCCAGAAGUUUCAGUCGAACUGAUCAUCUCAGAACACAUCAACGGACUCAUACCAACGAAAAACCUUACGCAUGUCCGGCUUGCUCGUACUCUGCUGUAUGUGCUCCAGUACCUGUUCUUCCUAAUUGUUAUGAUAUUCUGAAUAUAAAGUUGAAAGAUUGGUCUGCUAAAGUUUUUCACCGAAAUCAGCUACUUCAGUUACUCUUUAUUAUUCCAACACUUCGGAAUUCCAGUAGAAAACAACUGAAGGAUUACUGCCGUAUAAUAGUGGAAAAUUUGACAGUUGAAAGAAAAAGAAGCCCAAAAAAUUUUAAAAAAAAAAAAGAAAAAAGAAGAAAGAAUGAAGAGGAAGACGACCGGAUAAGGCGAACUAGUGUUAAAGGCCAGAGGCUUUGCUGUGUUCGACAGUCUUAUCAGUUGGUUUUAUAUUCUAAAAAGAAGAAAAGUGUUGCUGUCAAUUUUGUAACGUUGACAAUCUGCAAAAAACGCUGA